AUGUUAUCUGCCUCUAAAUCGGUGUUCCGGUUUAUUUGCUUCGCUGGAUUGCUUUCAUUGCUUCACUGUGCCUAUUCUGCAGCACAGCAUCGCUUUUAUUUACGUCUGAUUGAACAACCCUUUACUCUGCUACCUGGUGACUUAAUUCUGCAAACCCUCAUAAGUCUGGUCGCUGUAGUUUGCGGAGCAUCGUAUAUUGCGGGAGACUUCCUUCCUGUCCGUUCUGACUUACAGAAUAGAUCUAAAUCAUGGGACACUGUUGGAAAUUGUCCCUCUUUUUAUACUUUCGAUCAUCGUGCAAGGGCGUUGUCUCCAGAGUACAGUGCAUUCAACAAAGAUUUUGCUCAAGAGUCGUUACAGCUCUUUAAUUUACCUAAUUCGACGGCAUUUCUUUCCUCUACUGCAACAAACAGACCAUCGGGCUUCUCGGCUGAAUCUGGUGUUUCGCAAACGGGUUCCUCAAAGUUCCGACACAGCCCCAGCGAGAAGGUCUUAAAGGAAUCUUUAGCUUAUUGUAUUAAAUUGGUCAGGAGUAGAGAUUUUUCCAAUUAUAUAGCAGCUUUACUGUUUCCGCGCCAAGUGCAGCCGGCAGUCUUCGCAUUGCUAGCAUUUAACGUUGAAUUGGCUCUUGUGCGUGAUCAAAUAAAAAGGAACGCAGGGGUUGCUGGGAUUUAUCGCCUUCAGUUCUGGAAAGAUUGCCUAGGUGCUAUUUAUGGUAGUGACAAAGGCCCGAUUCCGAGACAGCCUGUUGCAUUUGCACUAUCCGCUUUCCUUCAUUUGGAUGACAUAUCGUUGUUAAAACAAUUAGUUGAAGCGAGACAAUCAACACUUGGCGACCGUGCGUUUGUAACGCUAAGUAGUGUUGCUGAGUAUGGCCAACUUACUCAUGGUACUUUGAUGAAACUUAUAAUGAACGAGUUGUGGAAGAAUGCAAAACUGGAUAGAAGUCAAAGCGAUGUGACCUUGCGUAAAGGUUUCCAAGCUGCAGAGCAUAUGGGGGCAGCGGUUGGUAUCAUAACUUUGCUCAGAACAACUGCCCCGUUUCUUACUCGCGGAAUAGUGCUUUUACCUACUGACCUCAUGAAUGAUCACCAGCUGACAACAGAAGAUUUAUAUGAUGUCAAAUGGGUGGAUGGUUUUAAAGGCGUGGUCAAAAGUAUGGUGAAAGAAGCAGAAUACCGUUUACUGCUCUCACGAGAGUUAAAAGACGAAGUACCCAGACCACUGAGAGCUGCUUUGCUUGCAAAUGGAGCUGCAAUGGACUUUCUUCUCAGUGUUCUGAAAAAAGAUUAUAAUUUACUGGAUACUCGGCUGCAGCGGAAUCCUGAAUUUUUAGCUUGGCGACUACUGUUCAGAAAAUUAUUGGGCCGUUAUUAA